AUGAAUUAUUUAGUUGAAGCAAUUCAGUCUAAUGGUAAAAUCGAUAAGCUGCCAGCAGCAUGCACUUUGAUUAACCUUCUCGUUACCACCAUGAAUGCGGCAGAUUCUCUUUUCGCAAUCAGUUCGAUUACUUUGGGUGCCAAAGCUUCUGGAGAUCACACAGCGUCUGUCAAUGUGUUAGGGACGAGGCCACUUGGAUAUCCGUUCUUCGACUGUACACUUGAUACGGCUCAAGAGUAUUUUUACCAGUUCGCUAUAAUGCACCAACAGUGUGUGUCUAUGCAAGCUGUAGAAAUGAACAACUUGGUGGCCCUGUUGUUAGUCGGACACGGCACUAUCAAACCGCUAUCCACUAAUCAGCAAUAUGGUCUACUUACAGAAGACACCGCACCACUGUCCUUUACUCCUGCGACAUCCAUGGCUCAGAUUCUUAAUAACAUUGUUACUGUGACAGAAUACCACACCAAAUCGCAGGAAAUCGCUAGAUGGUCCAAAACCAUUCCAUUUAUUUUAAUGUUUCUUGAUGUAAUCAAUAGCUUGUUUGUGGCUCAUUCAUUGUCACGACUUCUAAUGUUUGCAUUACAUGGCCUGCUGACUGGCGCUUCAUGGCGCUUCAAAAAGGCAACUAAAUGUAGCACUUUCUUGAGACUGCUCUACUUCACGGAUCUGUCAGCAAUGAAGAACCCACAAACUAUUACCAAAAUCACCACCAACAGGUUCACUAGACGGUUGACCACUUUGGCCAUUUAUAUUCAAAUUGGCGUGAUUGCAUGUUUUCCAGUUGACACCGCUCUGGAGUCCGUGGAAUGGGGCAACCUGACCUUUGGGCCGGUAUACGUCGGAAAUAAAAGAGAUUAUCCUCCGGGUGGACUAUGA